AUGCAGAACAUGUUGCAGCAGUUGGGUUACUUUUGGCCUUUGUCGGAACCAGAUUUUUACAGGUUUCUGAAGACGUUGAAAAGCGCCGGUCAUUCAACUAGAAGUCUCAAGUCACUUCUGGAGGCAGUCACGUUCAGCAGGUAUUCAUUUCACCUUCCAGAGUUGCAUGAGUUGACAGUCAGCCGUCGGUGCCUUGGAGCAGUUGUGGAUGAGUUGCCAGGCAAAGUGAAACAGGCAGAACCCCUUACAGUGGCCGAUGUCAAGCGUUUGCACUGGGUUUUAGAACACGGUGAAGUUUGGGACAAGGUUUUCUGUGGUUCAGCUUUGUUUUGCAUAUAUUCAAGAGCCCGCUGGAGUGACUUCAUCCACGGAAGCUGCUUACGGCUAGACACCAAGACGGAUGGACAGAUAGUGUAUGCCGACAUGGAAGUGCAGAUUCAUAAAACCAUGCGUGCCUCUGCAAACAGAUUCAAGUUUUUGGAUUUGGUAGCAUCUGGAAUUGGAAUGGCUGGACAUAACUGGAUUGAGCACUGGCUUGAAGCUUUGAGAUACCUUGGGAUGGACCCACUAAAUGGAGUGGUUGGUUUGUCGCUCAUGCCAGCCCCUGGAGACGAUGGGCAGAUGCUGCAACGUUCCUUGGAAAGCGAUGAGGCCAGCAAGUGGCUUCGACUCUUACUUGGAGAAGAAAUCCGUAGGAUGGCAGAUGUCUAUGCCAGGGAGGCUCAAGCAAGGUGCAUCAGGUUGAUAGACAGAUUGAUGGUCGAGAUCAAAACUGGGUAUUUUGACCCGGAUGCAAGUCGCGCUGGACGGUUUCACAAAGAAUUCUUGCCAGAUGAAUCAGAGGAUUUGGGUGCAGAACACUUUUCGGACGAUGCCACCGUGAGACACGAUGUGGCAGUUGAAGUAGUCAAGAAGUUAGAUGAGGCCGAGAAGGUCGUUCUGUCUCCAGAACAACAAUUGGAGGAAGGGCACGUAACGAGCUCAUCCUCUGAGAGUGAAUCGGAGAGUGUGGAGCUAGCCGCAGCCUUUAGGCAAAGGUGCGUGGAGCUGUCAACAGCUACAACUUUAUUGUUCGACUUGUUGGCUGCUCAGAACAUUAGUUCUUUCUCUGAACUGGCAUUUGCGUGUGGCACUCCAAAUCGGGCGCCUACAGAUGAGGAGUUCAAAACAUUGUCAGAUUCAGUGUUAGGAGGCGGAGGCGGUGCAACGGCAGGUCAGAGCAGCUUGCUAAGACGUCUGCACUUUGAGUCAGCAACUUUGGUGUUGUCACAUUUGAAGACAUCAGUGAACAGUGAAACCAUUGAUGGAGUCAGAAAACUGCCUUUUGCAGAAAAGCAGGCAAGGUAUGCCAAGGUGAAGACAGCAAUUCAAGGCUUUUUGAUUCAAGGCGAGACUGAACCAUCGCAUGCGUUAGUUGACAAAUGCCAGAUGAUGUUUGACACUAAUUCUGUGGUUUGGCUGGCACCCUCAGUUUGCACAAAGCGUGAACUUGAGAUCCAGGCUGCUCCAAAGGAUAACCAACAGGUUCUCAAAAUCGAAUCGCAGACACUCAAGGUGAGCACAGAAGGCGCGAUGCUUGGAGAUGCAGAUCACAGUUCAGAAAUCAAACUACAAUGGUGCUGGCAACGUAGGGGUGUAGCUCUGGAGAUGUGUGAGCUUUUGUCUUGGCCGAUUUCACAAAAGUGGCUCACAUCCAUGUUUGCAGUGUAUGCUUCAGAUCCACCUACAAAUUUCAGCCGGGUGACGUUGUCCCAGUUGAUUUCUGCAGACAAAGCGUUGUGGACCAUUUUGGCAAGGGAGAUCGAAACAGUGAAACCAGAUGCCACGGGGAACAGACUCCUGGAUGCAGCAGUUGAAAAACUCAUGUGUGACCCAAGGGUCACAAUGCACAUGCUGUCUAUGCCUCAUAAGGCACCAGCUUCGUCCUCAGUGGUUUCAGACAAGUCUUCGAUAGGAGCACCAACCAGCAACGCAAACCAGACUGGGAUCAGACCAAAAAAGAAGGCGCGUCCUGGUAAGCGCAACAGAGCAACACCGCCACCGCCAGAAGAACUCAAGUCAUGUUACCAGACAACAACAGACGGCAAGCCAAUUUGUUGGGCUUACAACUUGAGCAACGGAUGCAGUCUGGCUACAACGGGGCAACCACCAAGAUGUACCAAAGGGACCCUGGAAAGUCAAGAAUCACCUGCCGCAGCAGCAGAUGCAACAGAUUUGAAUUCAAUAGACGAGCACAGUUCAGGUGAAAAUCACACUGAAAAUGAUGCUCUUGGUAUCACAGAAGAGGAGCAGCAUACAGAGAAGGCUACUCGGAAACAACUGUUUGAAAACAUGUUGGUGCUGGAAGUCUUUGCAGGUUCCUCGAAUCUCACCAUUGAGAUCAGAAGAGCUAAUCUCAGGGGGGUGGCAGUGGAUAAGACGGUUGGAAGGGCCAAAGGUCCAAUCACAGUCCUGGAUUUGACGGUGGAUGAAGACGUGCGAUUUUUGGCAGAAUUUAUUCGACAAGAGGCUGACAACAUUUGUUUAAUACACUUUGCGCAACCUUGCGGCACUUGUUCAGCGGCAAGGAAAAGGCGUUUGGCACCUGCAGUACUGGACAAACUGGCACAGGAAGGAAUUACUCCACCGCAAGUGCUACGAUCAGAAGCCUUUCCAAUGGGAUUACCAAACUUGCGUGGACUCGAUGCACUGAAGGUUGAACUUGCAAACAAAUUGUAUUGGGCCACCAACAAACUGGUGAAGCUGGCGCUUUCACUCAACAUUAGGGUUUCCAUUGAAAACCCUACCAACAGCCUUUUUUGGAAGACCGACCUGAUGGUGGACCUAUUACAAUAUUGUCCAGGCUGUAUGAACAACCUCCAUAGCUGCAUGAUGGGCGGCGAGCGCGACAAACAGACAGCGUGGUGGUGCAAUGAUGAUUUCUUCAAUUCAUUCAAUUUACCACGCACAAGGGAUCACACGCACAAACCAUGGUCCCCCUCCAUCACGGCAGAUGGAGUCUAUUACCCGACCAAAGAGGAAGCAGAGUACCCGCCUUUACUCUGCAAGAGGAUCGUCGACAAACAACUGAAAGGAGCAAGGAUAACGACAAGGAAACUUUUGAAGUUCUUGCCAUACUGCGGAAUGCCACAAUUGGAUGAACUAUUGUCAGCAAACCUGGACUGGGAAAGGCCACCAAAACUUACCUUGGAAGCCUUGCUGAAGUCAUCAACAGAUUUGCAACAUGCAGUACUGAAACAAGUCGCGGAUCCAGACGAUGCGGCCUUACAUGCAGCGGCUUGGGAAGAAACCCAACUGGAACACGAGCGUGGCUGGAUCUGGGAGGGCGACAAAGUCCGCGUCAUUGACAACUUCAAGCAGUGUGGUUUGAACGAUGCUUGCGGCUUACCUGAGAAAUUUGUAUUGCACGGCAUCGAUUACAUUGCUGCCACGCUUAUCAGAGCGAUGGCCCAAGGCGUGUGGCUGCCGUUGUUCGGGCUCAAUGCAUUGCCCUUUGGGGCGACAGGUAGCGUGGCUGGAUUUCUUCGCGUGAGUGCGGCUUUAUUCUUCAUUUUGACGACUGGCCUCAAGAUUUGGUGCAGUGCUUUCUUUGAUGAUUUCCCAACAUUGGCCACUAAUGCCUUGGCCGGCAACACGGAGAAGAGUGUUGGACUUUUGUUCGACCUGCUGGGAGUGGAGUACGCUCGAACCGGGAAGAAGUGCCAACCAUUUGGAGAAGAGAUGCGUGCCUUGGGCCUAAUUUUUGAUUUGCGACAAUUUGGGCAAGGAAAGAUAUUCAUCAAACACACGCCUGAGAGGCGCCAGGAGUUAUUGGGACGUUUGGCUGAGAUUCUUGAGAAAGGUACUUUAACUCCGAAGGAGGCGGAAUCACUCAAAGGGAGGAUUCAAUGGUACGAAUCUUAUCUGUUUGGACGGGUGGCAAAUUUGGCAAUUCACCGUGUAGGGAAGCGAUCGUUGGCCCAGCCUGCUUUGCGCAGCACCAAACUUGAUGCUGAACUCAAGGCAGCCCUCUUGUUCUUAAAGGACCGCAUAAACACAGGGUCUCCCUUGGAACUCACUGCUGCAACAGAGCGAACUUUGCUGGUUUUCACGGACGGGGCUUUUGAAGCAGAACAAGAGCUAGCAACUGUGGGUGGCAUUCUAUGUGAUGAUACUGGGAAACCACUUAGGUUUUUUAGCGAGCGCGUUCCAAAGUUGAUGCUGCAAGCUUUGAUGGAAGAAGCCCAAAAUCCAAUUUAUUUGAUUGAACUUUUGGCCGCCUACCUUGCAGUGUUCCUAUGGGGAGGUCUGCACUCCUCGAGAUAUGUGGUGGCUUACAUUGACAACGAGGAUCUUGCUCCAACACCUGUCAAGUUUAACAUUUUUCUCUCUGCCUCACCCAUAGCCGUGAAUGCGGGUGCAGUAUCCGAUUCCACCUUUGGCUUGGCAGUGCGACAUGUGAGACCACCCCUUUGCGCAGCAAAAAAGUGUGCUGACCGAGUGGAAGCUCAAGACUACAUCCAGUGGUUGGUGCGCAGCGGUGGCGAUCGCUUCUUCCGGUCCUGGAUGAGACCUGCAGAGGCGAACAGAUGCCGCAAAAGAGGGCAAGUGCCCGACCAAGGACUGGAAAGCACUGGAAAUCCCGAAAUCGUGAGGGAUCUUGAAACUGCGGACAAGAGCAUCGAAACCUCCAGACAGGAUGUGAAGAACGAAAUCUCAAAACUUCGAUCGGAGAAGCCGAAGUUGGAGAAGGCUCUGAAUGAGCAGAAGCAGAAGGUGCGCUGA